AUGGGCACCCAGCCCCACCCACCCCACAGCGGCGGGGAGCGAGGGCGCUCUCGGGUCCACCCCCUGGGCGUGCGGCGGCGGCGGCGGCGGCGGCGGUGGCAGCGGCGUGAGUCAGGCCUGGCGCUAGGCGGGCAGCGCGGGCCGGGCGGGCAGCAGGACAGCGCCAGCCCCGCGCCCCGCACCGAGGCUGUGCGGCUGGACGCGGAGCGGCGGGCGCGGGGAGCGGGGCGCUGGGCGCGGGUCGGGGCGCGGGUCGGUGGGGCCGCGUGUGCGUCCGGCGCGGUCGCGGUACGUGUGCGCGGCGCGGGGUCGCGGGGCCCGGCGGGCGCUGGGGGCGGGGAGGCGGCGCGGUCGCGCUGGCCCUGGCGCGGUGUCCGCGCUGCGGGGACACGGCGGCGCCGGCGGCCGCCCCUCCCCCGAGCCACUGCGGCUCGGCGCCGCUGGCCGCCCUCUGCGCUGUGGGGCGUCGCGGGCGCGCAGGUGGCCGGGGAGGACCCGGGGGUCCCGCGGGCCCGUCGAUGGCGCGCGGGGGGCGAGGUAGGACCCGGCCGCUCCUCCCCGCAGGCCCGGGGCGCCGGCCAGUGCCCGGCCGCGCCGGGAGCCCGGAGCAGCACCACGGACGGCGCCCAGGAAGCGCGCGCGCCCCUGGACGGGGCCUUCUGGCUCCCCCGGGCCCCCGCGGGCGCGCCGCAGGGCUGCUUCGCCUGCGUGUCCAAGCCCCCCGCGCUGCAGCCCCCCGCCGCCGCCCCCGAGCCCGCCGCCUCCCCGCCCAUGGCGCCCACGCUCUUCCCCAUGGAGCCCAAGAGCAGCCGCACGGACAGCGCGCGCGCGGGGGCCCCGCCGGCCUGCAAGCACCUGGCCGAGAAGAAGACCAUGACCAACCCCACGACGGUCAUCGAGGUGUACCCCGACACCACCGAGGUCAACGACUACUACCUGUGGUCCAUCUUCAACUUCGUCUACCUCAACUUCUGCUGCCUGGGCUUCAUCGCCCUGGCCUACUCGCUCAAGGUCCGUGACAAGAAGCUCCUGAACGACCUGAACGGGGCGGUGGAGGACGCCAAGACGGCGCGGCUGUUCAACAUCACCAGCUCGGCGCUGGCGGCCUCCUGCAUCCUCAUCGUGCUCAUCCUCCUGCGGUACCCGCUGUCCGACUACUGAGCCCCGCCGCCCCCACCCGGCAGACCUGUGAUCUCAAUAAAACAUGUGCCAGCUC